AUGGAACCUCUUUUUUACAAAUCGAUCGAUCUCGGGCCCUACAUUUCAAAAAGGUCGAUAAGGACUUUGUUACGAACGCUUUUAGAGCGACCAUCAUUAGCAGACCACAUUAGAGAACUGCAGCUCUUUCUAUGGGACUCGGAUGGAGCUUACGUGGGCCCUGUGACAUUGAGUAGCAGACCUGCACGGGAGGAAAUUCUGUCUCGACCUCGACUUCACCGCAGAUAUGCGCUCCUGGAAAAGAAAAUAACUUUUGCUAGCCGCUCCCAGGACGAGGAGUGGGAGUGGUUGGAAGACAUACGAGCCGGUGUUGUUGAUGCCUUCUUGGCUGUGCUUCUGAUAUUGGUUCCCAACCUGGAAAACUUGAAGAUGACCCAGUUUCCUCCCAAUUCGAAUCAUUUCUUUAAGACCAUUUUUCGGGCGGCACGUCGCAGCGAACCGUUCGACGAGCAUCCUAUACUUACACGCCUCUCCUUCGUUGAUAUAAUGCCUCACUUUGCCAACUGCGUUGGUCCGUGCAUCCUGCUGCCUUACAUCGGACUUCCAGCUCUAAAAACAUUGGUUACGUCUAAACUAGGUGAAGAUUGGCUUAACAGGGGCCAGUGGGCGGACUCGUCGCUUACAACCCUUAAAGUUACCCAGAGUUGUUGCUCAGCAUCCAUCGCCACAUUCCUCAAAAGUUGCAAGAGCCUAAAAGUCUUCAAAUAUAGCCACCAUAACGAAUUUGGUCCCCAACGAUUUAACAUAAUGGGCAUCUGGAAAUCUCUUCAAGUCACAAAAGAUACGCUUGAAGACCUAUGGCUAGACGUCGAACGUGGGAGGGAUAUCUUUGAGCCAUCCUGGCCCACAGAAGUCCCUUUUUCGUUCGCUGAGUUUAGGGCAUUAAAGGUCAUUGGUAUAACUACUCGCCAGAUCCUUGACUUGCAAAACCCAAAUUCUCACGCGCUUGUGGAUAUCCUACCGCCGAACCUCGAAGGGUUGACUUUACUCGAUAUGCCGGACGACCACCUCGAGUACAUCAUGUCCGAAGUAACGCGGUUUGUGAAAGCUUCACCUACUGUCGCGCCAUCCUUGACAAAAAUCGCUUUGUGUGGCAAUUUUAACUCGGAUGCAGUCGAUGCGCUCGAAAGCGUGGCGAAAGUACGAGAAGCAUGUGCAGAGAUUGGGGUGGAGCUUAGUUUCCCGAUGGAAUGGUAG